UGGAAAUGCCUUGGCACGACGUGAUUGGCUGGAAAUAUAUUCCCUUCUCUUCGCUUCUUGGAAUCUCUUCACCUUUCCCCAUACUGCUUGUUUGGAGCUUCAAUUUGACAUUCAAUCCCAUUAAUCUUUUGCUUUUUACAUGAUCGGGAAGUAAUUCGUGACUAUGGCCUAACCACUAUACCCGCUGUUCAUCCAGGGAUAUGACCGAAUAUUCAAAAUCUUUGUGUCUUCCGAUAACUCUACUAUUGGGAUCUUACAUGACGCGGCCAUGAGUAGUGAUCACGACCAUAUGCUCGAGGAAAACUCUGGGCGUACAAGAGAACAACACGUCUCGAGUCACAAUCUCAUUGAACCAAGUCUUGCCAAUAUCCCUGGGCAAGAAGCAUUUUCAGUUAACAUGUCACAAGCGGAGGAGCGAAUUCUCGAGUUACAGCUUCAAGCAGCAGCAGCGGCAGUUGCGAAUGAUGAAAUACCAUCAAAUGCUCAGCAGACAAACCAUGACCAUGUUUCUCGGCAACGAAGAUUGGGACGAGCUUGUGAUGCGUGCAGCAGACGGAAGGUUAAGUGCGGCAAUGAGGUACCGUGCAAGAGUUGUGUCGACCUGGAUAUCGCGUGCACUUUUGUCCGGCCAGUAAAAAGGAGAGGUCCUGCGAAUAAAGUUGCAGAAGAGCUGAAACGUACGCGCUAUGAACUCACUGAAAUGAAUCAAAUCCCAACUACACUCCCACCAGAAUCAACCUCACCGUAUUCGAGUUUGGACUCAAUCGUCCCAUUUGAGACGAUACAUCGCUUGGUUUACGACUUUUUCACGUAUCUGUACCCGAUCUUUCCGUUUCCGCAUGAGCAUCUCGUUAUGGAUAACCUGAGAAAGCGAGACGACGCCCAGUGCAAAUCAUUUAAUGCUCUAAUCUCAUCGAUGCUUGCUGCUUUUGCAACUUUGUUUCCGCGGAAAGUAAAUACUGCUAUUGGGCAGCUUGGGCAAGACGGACAGUCGACUACUGUCAAAGAAUUCAUAAGCCGGUGCAUCAUUUUAUGUGAGCAGUCGCGGAGUCCGCUAAUGAGCGAAGAGAACGUGAAUGACGCCGCGACUUCCUUUUUUCUGGGCCUCGUAUGUUAUGUGGAAAGAAAUUACCCACGAGUUGAAUUGCAUCUCACUGAGGCCUUGGCUAUCGUACGUUUUCUUGGUGUUGAACGCAAUGGUGUCCUGGCGGACGGAAACACUGCAGACUUCGUUACGAUAGAGAUUAGUAGGCGCAUAUAUUGGGCAGUCGACAUUUUCACUAGACAUCUUCAACAAAGCGGGGUCAUACUCGACAUCAUUCCACCUCGCCGGGCAUCGCAACUUCCGCAUCCUCCCCAAGCAACUGAUGAUUACUACAUCUAUAAGGACUGUAUUCAAGACAAACCACAGGGGCAACUCUCAUCGCUGGAGGGAUUCAAUCUAAUUUCUCGUAUUUACUCUCUCCAGCAACCUCUCGUCAAAUUCGACCUCUCUGAUGACCAAAUUGGGGAAAUAUCCGUGCUCAAGUCAGUUCUAUUCAAUCUCGACAUGAUGAUGUCGACUGGACACCCUGAAUUAGCGACCCUGCCUAACCCUAAGGUUUUUCCAGUGGAGGAGGCAUUUCCAUCCCAGCAAGCCCGCAUGCAUACCCGUUGGGAGCUUCAAAAAAUCUUCCUUAGAUCGGCGUUGAUAUCAACGCGCUUCUACUUUGCAAAUCGGCUGGCUGCGAUCAGCUCUGAAGAUGCAGAACGUGUGCAUGAUGCACGCGAAAAGUGCUUGCACGAGCUCGCUGAGCUGAUGAGUCACGUCACAAAAACUAGUAUAGAAGCUAUUGCAAUGCUUGUUUUACCUCAUCUGCAUGUGGUACUAGACUCACUUCAAAAAGACAGUGCUGUAAUUGAGAGAGAGAGAGAAGAGCUGGACACAAUAGUCGGAAGGUUUAUAGAGUUGGCGGAGGGUUUUUAAAGAAGUGCUCAGUGUUCUUAUUGUACAAUGCAAAUAGGAG